AUGGAUACUGCUGCAACUGGUAAUGCCUCACUAACCAAAAUGAGUACUGCUUCAGUAAAACAAAUUAGGCCAUGUGAGUUGUUGCCAUUGGAAGUAAAUAACUCAGCCACUAUUCCUGUUGGCUCUGGAACCUAUGGGGAUUGUUUUCUUAAAACGUUUAAGAGAUUUGGGAUUACUGUUGUUGAGAAGAAGCUGCCAACAUCUGAUUUAAAAGCAGUUAUGAAUGAGGCACAAUGUAUGAAUACACUAACUCAUGCAUCUAUUCCAUAUUUAUUAGGGGUCCAAAUUGAAGAAAAACCUUUCUCUUUAGUUAUGCAGUUUGUUGGUGAUGAGAAUUUGGAAUCAGUAACAAUUCAUAAGUUGUUGCACCAAACCAUACCAAAACAUUUGUUACUUUCCGCAAAUGAGUGGAUCUCAGUUUUACUUGACAUUGCAGAAGCUCUUUUUCAUGUUCACAUCAAGGGUUUUUUGCACUGUGAUGUCAAGUCAAACAAUGUUCUUGUUACAGGAAAGAAAGGUUUUCUGAUAGACUUUGGUAAGGCUUGCUUAAUUUCUAGGCCAAAAGCUCGAAAGUACACUUCUUUUUACAACCAUAUUGCCACAGAGGUUUUGCGAGGUCAGCCUGUGAGUACAUCCAGUGACGUUUUUUUCGUUUGGGGUAAUCAUAUAUACCAUUGGAAAGAAAUUGCCAAACGCCUGUCUGGAAUCCUUAGGAAGGCAUUGCAAAGAUGCCAAGCCAGCGUCGAGACCAAUUAUGGCAGAAGUAAUGAGAAUCUUGAAGGAAAAUGUACAAUGAAGGCUGUAAUUUUGCCAGCACCUGCACCUAUAUACACAAAUUGCAGAAAUUAA